AUGGGCCACGACCCGAGCGGCAGCGAGCGGCAGUCGAGCAAAGUCGGGACAAGUCGGGACGGGGACAGGGACAGGGAUAGGAAAGGUGCUAAUGCACUGCAAAUUACGCAAACACCUCGUCUGAAGCGAGGCGAGGCGAGGCGAGGAAGCUCACAUCGCCAGCAGUGGCGCCCUCCAACAAGACUCUGCCACACCCCGCACAGGCCAUACGCCGGUCGGCCGCGCGCCAGCCCUCCUGCGCUGGACACCAGGGACAAGAUGCGUCUGCCGCGAGUGUCGAAGGCUGCACGCGCCAAGCGGAUGACAGGAGGUGCAACGAGAAGCUGCGCGUCUCACACACACGGCGGCGCGCCCGCUAAUUCGGCAGUCGCUCUGCUGGAUUGUCCGAAGCGCAAACGGCCUGUUCAGCUACCACUUGAGGCCAAUUUGCAAGGAGCUAGUUUUGCUUCCGUCGCCGCUACGGUCUUGGGUUCCGCCCCCCCCGCGCCCGCGCGGCGUGCGGCAGAUGUUAAUCUUGCUGCCGCCGCGGAAGCGAUGGAUGUGUCUGCUGAUGCUACUGUCUCUGAUCUUGCGACUACCGGCCAGGAACCUUUGUUCGCGGCUUCGGAAAACGUGCCUGCUGCUCUUCAACCGGUUGUGGGUGCUGUUGUGUCGGAGGCUGUCUCUGACUCCGUGCCGCAAUCGGUAACCGAUGUUGUUCCGUGCCCUAUUUCGGACCCUGUUGCACCUAUUGUGUCGCAGUUGGCACCCUCUCCUUCUGUGCCUGCACCCGUCGUUGUACCCUCUGAUGUUUCUGAGCCUAAUUUUGUUGCGGAAUCACGCCAUGUUUUUGUGGAACCGAAACCGCAACGGGAUGAAGCUCGUUCUCGGAGUUCCAGUAGGCAACGCUUCCGCAGUGUCAGUAGCUCCCCUUCUUACGACGGGGGUUACACGCGGCGUGACCGUAGUCCGUCCCCGGUAGGGCGCUCCCCCGCCUCUUCUUGGGCGUCGCAACGCCGUGCCGCGCGGCGCGACCUCGACGUGGAGCUCCGGCCGCCUCAGGCUUCCGGCUCCGGGCGUCAGCCGCCGCGCAAACAGCAACAACAACAGUCGCCGCGGGCCUCCUCUCGCCACGCGCAGUCAGCUGAUCUGAGCGAUGCGGCGCAGCAACGUGACGUUGCUGUUCGCCAUCUGCGGACUGUGUUAAGUCAACCAGCCUCUGCAGACGUGCCUGUUUUAGCGCCCGACACUGUCUCGGCUGUGACUGCGGCACCUAUGUCGACGAAACGGAAGGCUGAGGAUGUCCACCGACGUCGCGCUGGUCCUUCUAUCCACGACCGCGUGUCGGUGCCUCCCUCCGACGUGCAGAUGCCCGUCAGGGAUCCUGUGUCGGUCGCUUCUGCCGUGCCAGCUACUGCCACCCUGCCACCCCUCUCCCCCUUCGAGCCUUCGGAGUGGGCGGAGGUUGUUGUGGAGGGUGCGGAGACAUAG